GAUUCGUUCCGACUCUUACAGCCGUCCUGAGCCCUGGUGGAGUGGGGAUCCUUGUGUGAGUGAGAUGAGGAAGCCUCCGAGGCUCCAGUCAGUUAAGUAACUCACCUUGAGGCACGCUUAGGAAUCUGCAGAGUGAGCCAUCUCACGUCAGCUCCAGGGCCCUCUCCUGUGGGCGGUCACCUUCCACAAACCUCUAAUCAUGAACACCUCCCAGGGCACUGUGGGCAGUGACCCCGUCAUCCUCGCCACAGCCGGCUAUGACCACACCGUACGCUUCUGGCAGGCACACAGUGGGAUAUGUACCCGCACAGUGCAGCACCAAGACUCACAAGUGAAUGCCCUGGAGAUCACCCCAGACAGAAGCAUGAUUGCGGCCGCAGGUUACCAGCACAUCCGGAUGUAUGAUCUCAAUUCCAAUAACCCCAACCCUGUUAUCAACUAUGAUGGAGUGAGCAAGAAUAUCACCUCUGUGGGCUUCCAUGAGGAUGGCCGCUGGAUGUACACAGGAGGAGAGGACAGCAUGGCCAGGAUCUGGGACCUCAGGUCACGGAAUCUCCAGUGCCAGCGAAUUUUCCAAGUGAAUGCGCCCAUUAACUGUGUGUGUCUGCACCCCAACCAGGCUGAACUGAUUGUGGGUGACCAAAGCGGCGCUAUCCACAUCUGGGACCUGAAAACUGACCACAACGAGCAGCUGAUUCCUGAGCCUGAGGUCUCCGUGAACUCAGUUCACAUUGACCCUGAUGCCAGUUACAUGGCAGCUGUCAACAGUACAGGAAACUGUUAUGUUUGGAACUUGACUGGAGGCAUUGGAGAAGAAGUGACUCAGCUGAUUCCCAAAACCAAAAUUCCAGCUCAUACAAGAUACGCCCUGCAGUGUCGGUUCAGCCCAGACUCAACGCUCUUGGCCACCUGCUCAGCAGACCAAACAUGCAAAAUCUGGAGGACCUCCAAUUUCUCUUUGAUGACCGAGCUAAGCAUCAAGAGCAACAAUCCUGGGGAGACUUCGAGAGGCUGGAUGUGGGACUGCGCCUUUUCUGGAGACUCUCAGUACAUUGUAACAGCCUCCUCCGACAAUUUAGCACGGCUGUGGUGCGUGGAUACAGGAGAGAUCAAGAGAGAGUAUGGUGGACACCAGAAGGCUGUAGUCUGCCUGGCAUUCAAUGACAGUGUCCUGGGCUAGCCUGAAAGCCUCCUUUCUGCCCUUGGGCCUUCAGGGAACAAGAGCUGCUCAAGACUGCAGUGCUAGGCAAAGAUAUUGGGCUUUUCUGACCUUGGAAAGUCUCAGCUUCAGCUCAGAGCAGAAUACUGUCUCUAUCCCUUCUUGGUCUGAGGGCACUGGAGAACAGUUCACAGGAGUGGAACUGGGGGAAGAGAAAAGGGACCUUGGGACUGAGCCUCCCACUGGCUAGUUGUAGGGCAGUUUAGGGCUAUUGGGUUCCACCAGGGGGCUUCCUGCAUGGCCAGGACAUUCCCUUUAUAUGUGUAUGUACAUAUAUACAAAGAUAUCUCUUAGGCAGAGAAGAGUUGGACAUUAAAAAGCCAGUUGCAUCUGGUGCCUGUGCACACAGCCUCAUCAGCUUCAAAAGUGAAGCAGUUCUCUUCAGGCCCUGACCCUCAACGUCAUCCUUAAACCUAACAUAACUCUUGGCCUGCUGUACAGAGAGUUUGGUGUGGAAGGAGUAAACCCAGGUGGUGCCCAGUCCAGCUGAGCUGCUGGAAAACAGAAAGGGGGUGGACUAGGCCUUGGAGACCUGAGACAACAGGUCCAGAGCGUGGCUGCUUAGAGAUGACAGGCUUAGGAGCUCUGGUCGCACCUAAAGCAGGGAUGGAGGCACCUUGCCAGAUACUGCUUCUGUAGGAUAGAAGGGCGUGGGGUUGGCUCCUGAUCCCGGGAAGAGCCUGCAAAAUCCCAAAGGCUGGGAUAGGACAUGACCAAGCCACCGAGUCAGCACAGGAUCAGGACAUUUGUAAUCAUUUUAUUCAGGACUAAGACCAAGCGCUCCCCGGCACCUCCUGUAUUAACAGAGAAACCCCUGGUUUCCAGAGAGAAACUUUGACACCUGGCCUACAGCCCACUUGGCUGCCCCACCCAUGGACCUGGGGGGAUUAUGUCCCUGCUUCAGUCCCUGAUUCCUGCAGUGACCACGGACAGGCUGGAGCAGGCAGGGCAAAGAGAAUCACCCAGGGUGCCUAGGCCUAAGGCUAUUCCUAAUCAGGAAGAUAAUAAAAGCAGACAGACACACAGAUGUUGUUUGGAAAACAAAUAUCAAUGCAGAGAUAAAUUAAUCUCUGUUUCCGUGAACCUGUAAAGAAAAUGUCCAAAAUUAAAUAUCCCCCAAAUUGA